CAAGCCCCACUCUCCCUCCUCGCACACUAACCUGGCACUAGCAGGUGGCUGACAGUGUGACGCUUUCGGUAUUCGCUGUUGGUUGAAAAAAAGUUAUUCGCAGAUAGGGUUACGGCUGAGGGAGGAGCUAGGAGCUAGCGAGGGAGAGAGAGAGAGAGAGGGGGGUGGGAGAGAAGGAGCUUCCUGUUUGUGAGAAUUGCUUGCGAUAUAUAUUUUUAAAUCACAAAGGUCCACCGCAGUUCAUAACCUACAGAUGUGGCGGGAGAAGAGAAGAGAGCGUCUGUAGAGAGCAAUUCUGUGCAGGACAUCUGUGCUACCAAGUCUCGACUCGUCCUUCUGACAACUUUUUUUAAUUUCUUGUGGAAAUGAAUGUCCUCAUCUUCUACGUGUUGGCGGUCACCUCGCAGUUGGCUCCGGGAGUGAGUUCCAAGCCGCCUGCUGGAGCCUCGGUGGAGUCCGAGAGAGCCAGCUAUCAGCAGUCGGAGCAGAUGCACCUACAUUCACGCCGAGAGAAGCGUUGCUCCUGCAGAAACAUGCAGGACACAGAGUGCGUCUACUUCUGCCACGUUGGCAUCGUCUGGGUCAAUACCCCAGGCCAAGUUGUUCCUUACGGAUUGGGGAAUCCGCUGAUGCGCCGGAAACGGGAAUUAAGUCGAUGUUUAUGCACCAAGCGCAGCGACAAAGGGUGCCAGAGCUACUGUCGAUCCACAACCAGAGGCUAUGGUAUGGCUUACCACCGAGAGCAGUCAUAGACUAACACAGCACGGACAAAGGCACUUCGUUCCAACUCAUCCAUGCCAUGGAGAUGUCCAUCUAAUCUAGCCUGUCUGCAUUUGACCCACAUCCCUCCAAACAAUCCAUUUAUCAUCCAAAUGACUUUGAAAUGUUCUUAUUUUACCUGCCACAACUACUUCCUCUGGCAGCUCAUUCAGUUUAGCUUAUUGUCACGUGUACCAAGGUACAGUGAUAAGCUUUUGUUGUGUGCUCAAUACACUCAACACCCUCUGUGUGAAAAAUCUGACCCUCAGGUUCUUAAUAAAUGCAUCCCCUCUCAACUUAAAUCUAUGCCCUCUACUUCAUGAUUCCCCUUCUCUGAGUUAAAAGGAUGUGUGCAUUUACCCCAUCUUUGCCCCACUCUGGUCAGCCCCAUUACAAUGAGGCCUUGCAAAAUGCUUUCCCUCCAUUUUCUAUUUGAUUCUGGUUCUAACCAUCUGACAGUGAGUUGUUUGGCAGAAAACCAAAUCCCUCGUGUCCGUGUUGCAUGUUUUGCCCUUUGCAUUUGUGCCUCUGUUGAUCCUUGAACAAUCUACUAAUGGAAUCAGCAGCCCUCAGCUUAACAUCACUCAAAUACCACAGUCUUUGAAUUUAAUCUUGAAUCAGCCUGAUGUUAACCCCCACCAGAGGUCUUCAGGCCAGAGUUGCAAGGGGAAUUUCCCUGGUUAUAACUUGGGAGGGAGUGGGCAGUUAUCUCAGUCUAAUGAGGCAGCACCUCCCAAUGUUCUAUAUCUCAGCCAUGUCUCAGGCACCAGUGAUGGCACCUGUUCUCCGCCACAUCCUCCUUCCCCUAUCCUAGCCUCAUCCUUUGGACAGACCCACAGCACAACAUGUUUGGCACUUUAGCAGAGACCAGAUGGAGCAGCCUAACAACAAUCCCAACAUCCCUAUUGGACAAGGAACAAAAGGCCAACUAUUUCAUUGGCCUACCCCAUACAGUACAAGAUCACUGUACCUCUGACUUCCACUGUCAGCAUUGGUGAAAUCAUUUAGUUGAUCUUUGAACUUAGUCAUAUAAAGCAUAUGGCUCAGUCACUGCCUGUUCAAGCAUGGAAUGACAAACAGGAUAUCCAAGAGGCAUUCUGAUCUUGUCCCAUCAUUUAUUAGGUCGAGGUUGUGUUGAGUUGUGAUUCUACCUAUCUCUCAUAAUUCCGUAACCCAUAGAGUUAGAGAGUCAUUGAAACAGACCCUUCACAAACUGGUCUAUGCUGACUGAUGUUUAUCUACAUUAGUCCCAUUUGCCCACGUUUAACAUCUUUCCCUCUAAACCUUUCCUGUUCACGUACAUGUCCAAAUGUAUUUUGAAUGUUGUUAUUGCACCUGCCUCAACUAUUUCUGGCAGCUCGAUCCAUAUAUCUACCACUCUUUGAAUGAACAAGGUGCCCCUUAACUUUUUAUUAAAUAUAUCGCCUCUCAUCUUAAACCGAUUCAAUCUAGUUCUUGAUUCUCCUACCCUGGGAAGAAGACUGUGUGCCUUCAGCUGAUAUAUUCCCCUCAUGAUUGUAUAUACCUUCAUCAGGUCAUGCCUCAGCUCUGAGGAAUAAAAUCCUAGCCUGUCCAACCUCUCUCUGUAACUCAGUCCCUUGAUACUGGUACCAUUCUCGUAAAUCUUUUCUGCAUUCUUUCCAGCCUAACAUCAUUGCAUUGUGUCUCACCAGAUAUUUAGGUGAAAGGAUUUACAGAUUUAAACUUGCACCCAUUCCCCUACCCAUAUCACCACCACACCCACCACCCUGGGUGAAGAAGUGCUUGCCGACAUCAGCCCAACAUCAUACCCUGUCCCUAAUUUUAAGGUACUGCUCACUUGUUCUGGUUCCACCAGUUACAGAUGACAAACUCAAUCUAGCAGACUAAUCAAUUGAAGGGCUUCCAUGGCACAAGCUUUGUGAAGCUGUAACACAACAAUUUUGGUCACAGGGUACACAAAAAUGCUGGAGAAACUCAGCGGGUGCAGCAGCAUCUAUGGAGCGAAGGAAAUAGGCAACGUUUCGGGCCGAAACCCUUCUUCAGACUGAUGGGGGGUUCACAACUUCACAACUUACUCAGAAGAGAAAUCUGGGGUAAUCACAAAACUGAUAUAAUUUAGCAUCAAUAGACAAUAGACAAUAGGUGCAGGAGAAGGCCAUUCGGCCCUUUGAGCCAGCACCGCCAUUCAAUGUGAUCAUGGCUGAUCAUCCACAAUCAGUACCCCCUUCCUGACUUCUGCCCCUAUCCCCCUGACUCCGCUAUUAUUCAUUAUUAAAAAUUCCAUUCAAUAGAAUGACCUUGCAAUCUCAUCCAAUUUUCUACACAAUUUCUUAUCCCUGAUUCCCAAAGUGUCUAUGAACCUGCGAACAAUCAGUAAUUCAAUAUAUAACUCCCUCGGUGGACCACAAAUUCACACUCCUUUGUUCUAAACUCCAGAGGAAUCACCUCCUUUUCCAUUUGCCUGUCAGCCUACUUCCAUAUCCUAGUUUUUUCUCACAUAGCCAUCGACUUUCCUCUUAAAAGCAUUUACCCCAAGCACUUUCAAUCUAGGAAGUUCUGCAUUCCACCAUUCUCUCCCUAUUUACCAAUGGACAUCACCAACCAUCUUGUUUUGAUUUUUCCCACAAAUGAAAAUAAAUUCUCUAUGUGCACGCAGGUAGGAUUGCAAAGCUCCUUCAGAUGCUAAGCUGUGAUUUAUUUAAUCCCUCCCGAUCAUAGCCAACUGCCUGCUCAGUGAAUCCCUUUCUUUACAUUGCCUGCACUCCAAGCUGCUUGUGCUUUUAUAUCAUGACUGGAAGCCAUUUUGUGUGAACUGCUUUACUUACUGGGCUGCUUGUUGAGUUUGCUGAGAAGCAGUAAGAGAAAAUGGGUGGGGGUUAAGGUUUUGUAGGUGAAAUGAGCCAUUUUAUCCCAGGUGUGAUAGUGACGCAUCAUUAAUAAUUUCCCUGCGGCCUACUUGCGAGGUCGUUCAGUUCAAGAAAUGUGUAAGUACUUCAGGAGCUUGCUGUUAUAGUGUUAAAAUGGAUGGGAUUUUCACAUUAACGCUGUGGCAUACCAUAUUGACAAAUACGAAAGGAAUGCUACUAAUGAAACAAGCCUAAAGGUGUUGCAAGAAAUAUUCUAUAACACUCUUUCAAAAAAAUAUUCUGUCACUCUUUCGCCCCACCCCAGUUCCUGCACUUUUGUUUACCAGACUGUUUUAGGGAGAGAAUAAAAUGUGUUAAGAAAAUUCUGCCAACGGGCACUGGUGUGCCUCAUAUUUUGUGAACCAACAAAAUUGGCACAUUAAUUGCAAGAACUUCACUGGAGGUGAUUCCACCAUUCCUUCACUCCCCUCCAUAGCUAACGUUCACCUAACCUGUGCCCCAUUCCUGGAGUACAUCCGGAUUCAAAAUCAGUUUGAGGCAUGUUAUGGAUUUGAAACAUUCUCGGGCAGCUCAUUCCAUAUAGACACCAUCGUCUGUCUGAAAAACUUGCCCGUCAGAUCUUGUCAGAGAGGGGCGAGUUUUGUAGCGGAAUUAAAGGGGCAAUUUUUUAACGCAGCGGUGGUGGAUAUAUGGAAUGAGCUGUGAGAUGGAAUAACCUGAAGUGGCAGGUAUAAUUACAACUUUUUGUAAGACAUUUAGACAGGUUCAUAGUCAGAAAAGCUUGAGAGAGAUAUUGGCCAAACCUAUACCUGUCUCGGACAGCAUGGAUGAAUUGGGCCGAAGGGCCUGUUUUCCCGAUGUAGAACAAUAAUCUCCAGGGCCCAGUUGUGUAUGUCCUGGCCUGGUUUAACUUCCCAAAAUGCAUCACUUCACAUUUAUCUGAGUUACAUUCUAUCUGCCAUUCAUUUGCCUACAUUCCCAGUUGAUCUGGAUCUUGUUGCAACCUUAUAUAACACAAGAUAAUAUAUACAAUGUAUACAUCAUGCCCAUUUUAAAUUCCAUUCAUCAAUAUACCCUUGAAAUUCUUCUUGUGCUUCUUGUGCAUCCUUCAAUUGUUCUCAUAUUUCUGCCUCUGCAGCACUGUCUCGAUUCCCUGUUACAUGGUAUGUCCACCAACAGUGGGGUAAAUCAUGUGAGAUGUGCCAAUUCCUGUUUCUGCAGUCACAUCUUCUGGAUCUUAUUCCUAUUUCAGCAUGAUGGCUACUUUGCUGCAUGGGUGCUUGAAGUGUUUCUGGAUGUCUGACCUGCCUCUGUCCCCACAGAAAGAUGCUCAGGGGCCACUGUCCUUGCUGGCAGACCCCAAGCUCUCCUUGUCUUCUCCAGUAUAUCUAGUGGUGACGGGUCAAGGUGUUGGUGUUGUGCUUCGAGAACGCCUGACUCCUGGUGUCUAACUGUGUGCGGUGCCUGCACAGAUAGUGCCCAUCCUCGUCUACCUGCUGCUUCUUUCCACCAGGUGUGCACGGCCCAGAUAACACAUUCAUCUUCCUGGAUUUAGGUGGGCACUGAACAGAGGGCUGAUGGCACGGGGCACACGUCCCACUUGAAUCUUUUCUGUCUCUUGGCUCCUCAUUGGACUGGGCCUGACCUAACUCAUGUUUUCAAUUGGCAGUUAUGUUACUCGGAUAGUAAUCCAGAGAUCUGGACGAACAACCAAGUGAUCUGAGUUGAAAUCCCACCACGGCAGCAGUAGAAUUUAAAUUUGGAUACUAAUGUGGAGUUUGGAAAGAAAAAUACCCAGCUCAUCUUAGUAAUGAAGACCACAUAAACGACUAGAUUUUUUGUAAUAAUUCCUUUUGCUUCUCUCAUGAUUUUCAGGAGAGAAAAUCUACAGCCCUUUCCCAGACUUACCUACACGUGACCCCAAACCCACUGAUACCGUAUGAUUGACUUUAAAUAGCCUAACAAGCAAUUCAGUUCAAGGGUGUUUAGGGAUGGGGAAAUAAAUGUUGACUUGCCAGUGACUCUCAGAUACCAAAACAUGAAUAAAGGGAGAAGUAUGUUGAGAUGAUAUGACCAGAAUUUUUUGAAUGAAUAAUCUUUUAUUUUUAAAUUAAAUGUAUUCUUCUCUAAUUGCCACUGCUUGAAACAACAGCCCAAGUUCAGUGGUAUUAUGAAACACCUGUUUAUAAUGCAAACUUACUGAUUUUUGUACAAAUUCAUAUUUUUUUCUGUUGUGCUUGUUUUACUAAGACAUAUUUGUAAUUGCUACUUGAAAUUGUUAUUAAAAUAUCUAUGUCUGUAA